UGGUUUCCCUUUGUGUUCGGGGACCCGGCCAGCGGCGUGAGAAUCGCUUCCGGGUCGCGCUGCCGGAAGCAGGAACUCGUUGGCCCAUCCUCCUCGCCCGGCGACUGGUGUCCCCGAGGCGGGAGGAGCCCGAGAGGGCGCGGGCCCGCAUGGUUAAACCACUGUUAAAGAGUCGAGCUCAUUCUUCCGAACUUCCCUCCGAGACAAAGCUCCUUUCUGCCAGGCUGGACCCCCUUUCUGGAGGGAUUUCAUCUUGGAAGACAUGGAUCUUGCUGCUAAUGAGAUCAGCAUCUAUGACAAGCUUUCAGAGACCGUUGAUCUGGUGAGACAGACAGGCCAUCAGUGUGGAAUGUCAGAAAAGGCGAUCGAAAAAUUUAUCAGACGGCUGCUGGAGAAGAAUGAACCUCAAAGGGGACCACCCCAGUACCCUCUCCUCUUAGCCAUAUAUAAGGUCCUCCUAACUCUGGGAUUAAUCUUGUUCGCUGCCUACUUUAUAAUUCAACCUUUUAGCUCGUUAGCACCUGAGCCAGUGCUUUCAGGAGCUCACACCUGGCGUUCACUCAUCCAUCACAUUCGGCUGAUGUCCUUGCCCAUCGCCAAGAAGUAUAUGUCAGAGACUAAGGGCGUUCCUCUGCAACGUGGAGAGGAAGACAAACCCUUCGCAGACUUUGACCUCUGGUCAUCAAGUGACUGUGAGCAGAAUGAGUCAGAACCCAUCCCUGCCAACUGCACUGCCUGUGCCCAGAUACUCCCCCUCAAAGUAACGCUCCCAGAGGACACUCCGAAGACUUUUGAGAGACUCCGUCCUCUGGUGAUCAAGACAGGGCAGCCUCUGUUGUCUUCAGAGAUUCAGCAUUUCUCAUGCCAGUACCCUGAAGCCACAGAGGGCUUCACUGAGGGGUUUCUCACCAAGUGGUGGCGCUGCUUUCCUGAGAGGUGGUUCCCAUUUGCUUACCCGUGGAGGAGACCUCUAAACAGAUCACAAAUUUUACGGGAGCUUUUUCCUGUUUUAACCCAACUUCCAUUUCCAAAAGACGUCUCAUUAAACAAGUGCUUCCUGAUCCACCCGGAACCUGUGUUGGGUAGCAAGAUGCGUAAGGUGCACGAGCUGUUUGCUGUUGGCAGCGGGAAAGCCAUGCUGCAGCUCAUCCCUCCCUUCCAGUGCCGAAGACACUGUCAGUUCGUGACCAUGCCAAUAGGACCUGGAGAUAUUGGCUAUGCCGAUGCUGCCCACUGGAAGCUCUACGUUGCAGCCAGAGCGGACCAGCCUUUGGUCAUCUGCGAUGGAACCACUCUCUCAGAGCAAUAGGAAACGACUGUCUAUAAGAACUGCUUAAAGAGCUGAAAACCAGGCUGAAAAGAACAGGGAGGAGGAAUAAAAACACUAAAACCUUU